GGCUAUAAGAUGCACCAAAAAGUUGAGAGUUAACAAAAGGAUGUGAUGAAUCUGAAAACAAUUAUCCUUUCGCAAUUGCCUGAUUUCAUACCGUAGGAGCCUCGCACAAGUUAUCAGUUUUGCCGGACGGAAGUGCACUUCAGUUUGAUGGCGUAGAGAUGGCGACUUACACGAAAACUUGGCAUUGGAAUUGUGCCAGUUCUUUGUGUACGAAUAAUUACAGAACUAAAGGAAUAACGUACUACACUUUGCCCAGCGAUCCUGAGCUUCAAAAAGGAUAUAGGAAAGUUCUUAUGAACGAAAAUAUUAACUGGAGAAAACAUGUUAUAUGUAGCGCUCACUGGAGCUCGGGGAAACGAGAGAACAAGAAUCAAUUGCCAGACAUAAUUUGUACAAAAGAAUAUGCUGCUAAUCUGGAAAAAGAGUACUCCCAAAAACCAUCUAGGGAAUUGAAAAGGAAGAUUGACUGUACAAAAACGGUUCUUGCUUCGUCGAAUGCCAAUACCGUGAGGAGUACUCCGAGGAAAGCCCCUGCAAGUAGGACGCCGCUUCCUUCACGCCCUGUUAAGAAAAGGAAAAUUUUAUCAGAGAAACUGGAAGCUGAGAAUUCCAGCUUAAAAUGCCAGGUUGAGAGUUUAACUAAAGAACUCGAGCAGAAAAAUAGUUGUAUUGACAAAUUGCAACAAGAGCUAAGAAAGCUUCAAACGGAAAUGAUAGCCUUACAAGACAAAAUGAAGUUUGAGAUAGAUUCUUUCGAAAAGAAAAUAAAAGAAAUGAAAUUCGACCUUAAUAAGAGAAGAUUCACCUAUGACUGCUUGAAGAACAGGGAAAAGGAAUUCUUUGACAUGUGUGGACUCACUGUGAAUGAAUUUGACUGUCUUUUUGCAUGUGUGAUUCCUUUCUUACAUCUGAUUUUGUAUCCUGACUGUGUUCAAACUUUGGAAAAAUUAGAUUCACAUAAUAAACUUCUUGACAACAGAACAGAACUCCUUGUCACACUGACUGUGGCAAGACAUGCAGUGGAUCUAGUCAUUAUGGCCAAGUUAGUAGGUGGAAGUUCCUCAACUAUUUCAAGAGUGUUUGUUGCUUGGAUGGUUUUCCUUCGCUGUGUGCUAGACGAAGUUAAUCUGAAGCCAUUGCCUGGCUUUAUAGAAGCUUUCCUCCCUAGAGUUUUUGUUGAUGCAGGGUAUGCUGACUGUGGAAUUCUUGGGGACAACACAGAGACCUGGAUUGCUCAAUCGGAGAAUUUUGAGUUGAAUAACCUCACCUUCAGCCAUUACAAAAAUCACACAACUGGUAAAGUAUCUGUGUGGAUUUUUCCUCAUGGUGCUUUAUGCAAAUGCUCUGAUGCUUUUCCUGGGUCAAUCUCAGAUGAACAACUCACUGAACAACUUGGAGUUAUAGACUACUGUCCUAAGGGAAAGGUGGUUAUGACUGAUAAGGGCUUUGCAAUUAGUGAUUUAUGUCAUGAAAUGGGAGUACAUCACAACAGGCCACCAUUGAAGAACAAUUGUCAGUAUGAUGAAAAUGACAUAAAUCUAAAUUUUGAUAUUGCAACCCUUCGCAUUUAUAAUGAAAAUGCAAUUGGCAGAAUUCGUGACUGGUCAAUCUUGAACAAAUGCUGGCCUUCAGGGAGAGUUGACCUUCUUGGAAUUUGUUGGAUUGCACUGGCACACAUUGUUAACUUGACUAAGAAACCUGUUGGUCCCAAGGAAACACAAGACAGCAAAGUGCAGUAAAAUGACAUUUAAAUACAACUCGAUAUCCUGCUAACAGGCAUUGUUACAAGACAUGCUAUCUUCAUAAACAGAAAACACUUUACAGUUUUAAUAUUUGAUUUCUAAAUUAACAUUUUGUACAAGUACUAUAUUUGUAGCAUAAUGCAAAUGAGCUGCAGAUGGUCAGAGAACAAAUAAGAGCUCAUGUUUGUAACCCAACAAUAAUCUCUGUCAGCUUGCUUAUGUCCUUCACAGCUAUUUUUAAGACAAAUUUGAGAUUAUUAAUCUGAAGAGUUUAUGUCGAUUUUCAUUACUUUUUUGGCUUCUUCUUUUACCCAUGAUCUCAAUGGUUUUGUGCUUUGAAAGGUUGGCACCCUGCCAACAUUCAGCUCACCCAGCUUUUUAAGGAGUUUGUUCUCUUCAUGAGGCCAUUCACAGAUAAUACUUUCAGUGAUCAUGUGAUCAAUGAUGGUUUUUGUAACAGUGAGAAGCAAGUUGUUUUUCUGUAUUAAAAAUAGAUUGAAGCU